AUGACGCCGAACACAAGAACAUUGGUGAAUGCCGCAUCAGGAGGGUCCUUAAAAACAAAAACUCCAGAGGAAGCCUUGGAAUUACUAGAGUCUCUAGCCUCUCAGGAGUAUGAUAAUGCUCCAGUACCACAGAGAAGAGCGGGGAUUAUGAAGCUUGAUGGCUAUGAUGCCAUCUUAGCUCAGAAUGAACAGAUUUUACAAAUUAACAAGAAACAACAAGAACAACUAGAUGCUCUCACAAAGCAAUUUACCAGUUCUCAAGUCUCUUCUAUUAAUAAUAUUCAAAUAACUUGUGGUAUUUGUGCAGGUGCUCAUGCUACUGAAGACUGCAAGGCACCUGAAACUGCAGAUGUUAAUGGAAUUUGGCAUGAUCAGAAAGUUCCAUAUAACCCAGGGAGGAACCAAUACGGCAAUAACCAGAAUCAAGGGUGGAGAAAUAAAAAUCAACAUCCAGGAUUCAGUUAUAGCUCGAAUCAUCAGCUAAAUCCUCCUAUGCCAGCACCACAACAACCUCCACAACAAUCAGAGUGGGAGAAGGCCUUUGCACAACUAUCCAAAACCACAUCAGACUAUGUUCAAAGUACCAAUGCAUUCAGGGAAGACACUUCAGCCUUUAUGCAAGAAACCAGGGCCUCAUUCAGGAAUCAAGAAGCCUCAAUCCGGAAUCUAGAAACUCAGAUUGGUCAAUUGUCAAGGCAGUUCAACGAAAGAACCCAAGGCACCUUCCCAAGUAAUACAGACGUUAAUCCAAACGCACACUGCAAGGCCAUUACCACUAGAAGUGGCAUUGUAAUUGAACCUGUGAUUAAGCCUUCAGUAGAGAAAAAGAAAGCUGAGGGAUCUGCCAUUGAAGAAGAAAAAGAGAAGGAAGUUGACAAAGAGCCUGCUGCAGAGAAAGCUGUUCCUGAAAAGAAAGAGUUCAAAUGGGAGAAAAAGAAAGCUCAAGAAAGACAAGAAAAGCCAUUGGAGCUCUCACCUUAUGCAAAAAUUCCAUAUCCGCAGAGGUUCAGAGAGGAAAUCAAAAAGCAGCAGUAUUCGAAGUUCCUUGACAUCUUCAAAAAGCUACAAAUCAAUAUUCCAUUUGCUGAAAAAAAGUUGCCUCCAAAACUUGAAGAUCCUGGAAGUUUCAGCAUUCCCAUAGAAAUUGGCAACAUUGAUGUGGGAAAGGCGUUAUGUGACUUGGGAGCUAGUAUUAACCUUAUGCCAUUAUCCAUCUGCAAGGCUCUGAGGAUUCAUGAAUUAAAGCCGACCAAAGUUUCACUGCAGCUAGCAGACAGAUCUACCAGAAGGCCAGAUGGAGUUAUUGAAGAUGUCUUGGUGAAGAUUGAUAAGUUCAUAUUCCCUGCAGACUUUGUCAUCUUAGACAUGCAAGAGGAUGCUGAGAUUCCCUUACUGUUGGGAAGGCCCUUUUUAGCCACUGCAAGGGCUAUGAUUGAUGUGGAGCAGGGUAAGCUGAUGUUGCGGGUUAAUGAUGAAACCGUAACGAUUGAUGUUCUUGAAUCUAUGAAACAUCCUUCCGACGGAGGAGAUUGCUUCAAGGUUGAUGUGAUCAAUGAUGCAGUGCUAGAUACAGUUGAUGAAAUACUCCAACCACUGAUGGAAUUGGAGUCAUUAGAAGAAGAUCUACUGCACAAUACGACUGAAGCAACAGAAGGAGAACAAGAGGUUGAAAAGCUAGAAGAGAAAGUUGAUGAUAUCAUUCCAGGUGCACCAAAGGUUGAAUUGAAAGAACUUCCUCCCACUUUGAAAUAUGCAUUUCUUGGAGAAAGCAAGACAUACCUGGUGAUCAUCAACAUAAAUUUAUCAACCGCCGAAGAAGAAAAAUUAUUGAAAGUGUUGAGAGAGGACAGAACAGCUAUAUGA